AUGACGUCGGUGACGACGAAGAAAGGCGAGGUCACGCUCACGCUCGACGAGUUCCGGACCAAGGACGACGUCCGGCUCGUGUACGAGGUCGGCAAGGGCGACCCCGCGACGACGACGUCCUCCUCCCCGGUCGUCCUCGUGCACGGAUGGAGCGGCUCGCGGCGGUACUUCGACGACUCGUUCGCCGCGCUCCUGAACGCGCCGUCGCCGCCGCCCAGGGUGGUGAGGUACGACCUCAGAGGGCACGGCGACAGCGACAAGCCGGAGUGGGGGUACCACGUCGCGAGGUACGCCGCGGAUCUGAAAGAGCUUCUCGAGCACCUCGACCUGACGGACGUCACCGUCGUCGGGACGUCCAUGGGAUGCGCCAUAAUCUGGAGCUACCUCGAGCUGUACGGCGCCGAACGCUUGAAAGGCGCGGUGUGCGUGGACCAGGCGCCGCUGCAGAACCGCGCCCCGGACUGGAACCUCGGGAGCAAAGGGUGCUACGACGUCGCGUCGCUGACGCGGCUGCAGGAGCUCCUGAAGCACGACUUCGAGGGGUUCGCGAGGGGCAACGCGGAGUGCUGCCUCUCCAACGAGAUCGACGAAGAGUACGAGGCGCUGCUGAUCGCGGAGACUCUGAAGGCGUCGCCGACGGGGCUCGCGGCGUUGAUGGCGGACCACACCGCGCUGGACUGGCGGCCGACGUUGCGGCGGACGACGCUCCCGAUGGUCGUGAUGGCGGGCGCCAAGUCGCAGAUUUUCCCCGCGGAGGGCGUCGCGCACGUGGGGAAGCUCGCGGCGAACGCCGUCGUCGUGACGUACCCGACGAGCGACCACUGGCUGUACAUCGAGCACUGGCAGAAGUUCGCGGACCAGGUGUGCGACUUCGCCGCGAACGGGAGGCUGAGCAGGAACUUCUUAGGCGGGAUGCAGCAGGCGGUCACCGUCGUGAGGGACUGA